UCAAGAAAUUGAGUAAAAUCUCUCAUUACCUACUUGGAUGAUUUCUUGAAGCUUCUAAAGAAAUACCCUUUUAUCCAUCUCAUCUCUGUAACGUCCUUCUUCAUCGUCUUGGCGUUUCUUCUGCAUCUUUUUUUGCGGUUCACGUGUUGAUUGCUUCUGGGUCUAUCCUUGUUCGUUUAACAGUUUUAAGGUUAUCUCGGCUUGAGGUUUUCUCUCAUAAACAAAACACAAAGCAAGAAACAGAGUCUUUCAUUGUCUUAUUCUUGCGCAUACGAAUAUUCGAGAAAGUUAAUAGAAUUGACUUAGAUGAAGUUUCUUUCUCUUUUACGAAGCUUGAAAGAAGUUAAGUUUGAGGGGAAGAAUUAAAACCAUUCACCACAGAAGAUCGAGAACUAGAGACAAUCAUGGACGUCACGUCUUACCAGAAUCAGGCAGAGGGUUUUGUUAAACGCUAUCUGUUAUCUGAUCCAUUGCUUCCUUAUACUUCUGUUCUUGCAGGAAUCUUUCUCUGCAAGAUGGUCUACGAUCUUACGGAUUCAUACAGCUCUAUUCAUAUCAAAUCUUACUCAGCUCUCACAAAAAUGAAGAGGAUUGAAUGGAACAACAGGGGUAUUUCUACAGUUCAUGCGAUUUUUAUAUCAUUGAUGGCACUUUACUUUGUGUUCUUCUCUGAUUUGUUUUCUGACCAAACAAGUCUUCAAGGCCUUAUGGUACUUCGUAGCUCGCCUCUAUCUAACUUUGGUUUAGGAGUAUCAGUUGGUUACUUUCUUGCUGAUCUUGGAAUGAUCAUUUGGCUUUACCCUUCUCUAGGAGGAUUAGAAUAUAUUUUCCAUCACAGCUUAUCUGGAGUAGCAGUAGCGUAUUCUCUGUUCUCAGGAGAGGCUCAGCUUUACACAUACAUGGUUUUAAUAUCUGAAGUGACUACACCAUCUAUCAAUCUUAGAUGGUUCCUUGACACUGCUGGUUUGAAGCGGUCUAAAGCUUAUCUUAUUAAUGGAGUUGCUAUUUUCUUGGCUUGGUUGACAGCAAGAAUUCUACUGUUCAUCUACAUGUUUUACCAUGUCUACAUACACUAUGAUCAGGUGGUACAGCUGAAUACAUUCGGUUAUCUACUGGUUUUCGUAGUACCGAUUGCAUUGAGUGUAAUGAACUUGAUGUGGUUUGGUAAGAUAGUGAAGGGAUUGAAGAAAACACUUGAGAAAAGACAGUGAAGAAAGGAUCUUUUGUUGAAUGUAAAUAUAAAGCUCUUAUGAAGAAUUAAAAGCAACAGGGUUUUUAUAAGUUUAGCUUAAACACUAAUUAUGUUCCAAAA